AUGAUACGAGCAAAUGGUGUCUCGUCACGAGCUCUUAAGGUGGCUCGUGGCCAAUUGGCUAGUGCCGCUGCAUCCAGCCGUGGUUUCUUGAGCUCUUCGGCUCGUCGACAGGCCAGCUCCAGCACACAGGGUGCUGCCACACAUCCGUCCUCGGCCUCGCGCGACUUCAGCUCGCGUAAUCUUGCCCUUGGUCUUCUCGCCAUCGGUCUGGGUGCCAAUGCGUUCUACAUCUCUCGACAAGGCGGCCAAAGCGGCGACAGCAAGAUCAGCCUGGAUGGCCCCGCGGCGGCAGUGCGCAGUGGUGAUUACUUGUACGGCGAGCCACGUCUGCCGUUUUCCUACGGUACCAAGCAAGAUUUCGAAGCCGCGAUCGAAGAGCUCAAAGCGUACUUUACGUCACAAGGCGAAGUGUGGGAAGACCAUGUUACGACCGACGAGGAUGAGCUGGAGCGACGCGGGAUCGACGAGAAUGGCCACCGCAGCUCUUCGGAAGGUACCAAGCCGUCCGUCGUGGUGUACGUGCGCGAUACACCUGAUGUACAGGCGGUCGUGCGCAUCGCCAACCAGUACUGCAUGCCGAUUGUGCCCUUUUCCGGUGGAACAAGUCUCGAGGGCCACUACAUCGCCCCGUUUGCAGGAAUCUCGAUCGACAUGAGCAGGAUGGACAAGGUGCUCGCUUUCCAUCCCGAUGACGGCGAUAUGGUUGUGCAGGCAGGUAUCGGAUGGGAGACAAUCAACCAGUACUGCGCCAAGAACGGCAACCAGCUUUUCUUCCCGCUUGACCCCGGACCGGGUGCUACGAUCGGUGGAAUGAUCGGUACUGGCUGCUCGGGCACCAACGCGGUUCGGUACGGCACUGCUCGAGGCGAGCACUUUCUCGACAUGAAGGUGGUACUUGCUAACGGCGAGGUCAUCUCGACGCGUGGUGGAGGACGUGCGCGCAAGAGCUCGGCAGGGUUUGACAUUGGCAAGAUCAUCGUUGGCGCUGAAGGAACGCUCGGUAUUGUAACCGAAGCAACCGUACGGCUGGCGCCCAAAAUGCCCGCGGAUGCCGUGGCUGUUGCGAGCUUUCCCAACGUCGAAGCAGCAUCGAAGACGGUCAACGAGAUCCUACUCUCCGGUAUUCCGGUUCAGUGCAUCGAGUUGCUAGAUUACAAAAUGAUCCAAUCGAUCAACCAGUCUAAUCUAUGCGGUCGUACAUACGACGAAAAGGACUCGCUUUUCUUCAAGCUAAGUGGAGGAGAGGCGGCUGUGGCCGAAGCCAAGGAAGCCAUCACACAAGCUGCGGUCAAGUUUGGUGCCGAGAAGAGCAGUGUAGAAUUUGAAACGGACAAGGAGCGUGCUGGUAAGAUCUGGGAAGGCAGAAAAGCGGCUCUGUGGGCAGUGGCGGCUACCAACCAAGCACCGGGAGUCAAGGUGUGGACCACGGACGUGUGCGUGCCUAUCUCGGCCUUGCCUCGGCUUGUUAGAGAGUCGCAGCGCGACUUCCAAGAGUCGGGCCUGACGGGCACUGCCAUCGUCGGCCAUGCAGGAGACGGGAACUUCCACGCUCUCAUCCCCUUCAACGCACAAGAUCCCGAACAGACGCGCAUCACUACCCAAGUCGUCGGGCGACUGUGCGAGCGUGCGCAGAAGCUUCAGGGAACUUGCACGGGCGAGCACGGCGUCGGUAUGGGCAAGAUCGAAUUCCUCGAGAGCGAGCUUCCCGCCAGCACGAUCCGUGUCAUGAAGGCAAUCAAAUUGGCUUUAGAUCCCCAUAACCUGCUCAACCCCGGCAAGCUGUAUCCCAGUUCCGACUUUCCUCCCUCUCAUUAG